ACAACACGAAUAAAUUGCAAAAAAAAAAAAAGAAAAUAGUGCCAUGAAAAAAUAUUUCUCUCUCUCUCUCUUUUCUUUCUUUUUCUCUCUCUCUUGAUUCACCCAUGCCGCAGAGAUUAACUACAUCGGCCACAUCGCCAAGAACAAAGAGUGAACCCACAGUUCGCACUGUCUCUGACUUUGAACCCGAGACAACAACGUAAAAUAAUAAUAAAUGGUUUAUUUUGUAGAUAAAUUCAAACCCCCCCUUUUUUUAUGUAGCAAAUCCUUUGAAAGACCUGAAUCACCUACUUUACCUCCAGAAGUGGCUGCUGGAAGUCGUAUCGCUAUUGCAGAAACAAGUUCCAUGUAUUCCACUGACACUUCUUCAGCCAUCGUCUCUCCUAAAUCCACCACCCAUCCAUAUAACAGUAUGCGAUCACCCGAUUCUUCUACCGUGUCCGCCACAUCCACCGUUGACUAUAGCCCAGCAGAGGAACCUACGCAUCGUGUACACCACCGUCCAUCCCGGUCUAAAUUAAAGGUAAGACCCACUGCCUCCAUUUCCUCCUCUUCUUCGACCUCCAAAACACACCACCACCACCACCAUACCAAACAUCACGCCAAACACAGUAAUAAGACCCCCGAUCAUUUGGCUGCUGCCAUCGAAUUAAGUACGACCAACGCUAUAGCAGCUCCUGCUCCCGCUGCUGGCAUGUACUGGUCACGUACACUCACUUACGGUCGUGGACCUUCUCGUCCUUUACGUGCACAUACUGCUAAUCUUAUUGGAGAACGUCUUUAUGUCUUUGGAGGUUGUGAUACCUCGCUUUGUUUCAACACGCUUUAUAUUCUUGAUAUGGACACAAUGACUUGGUCUAAACCACGUACAGCCAAUGGAAAUGGUCCUCCACCUUGUCGAGCCCAUUCAUGCACCGUCGUCGAACGUGAUUUAGGCUCCGGUAAACGUUCACAUCAAUUAUACAUCUUUGGGGGUGGUAACGGUCCCGAUUAUUUUCAAGACGUUUAUGUCCUGGAUGUAGAAACUCUCAUUUGGUCUAAACCCGAGAUCGAACCUAGUUCACGUCCGUCCAAACGUAGAGCGCAUACGACCUGUCUUUGGGAAGAUAAAAUUAUUGUGAUUGGUGGAGGAGAUGGUGCGCGUGCCCUGGAUGAUGUUCACAUGCUGGAUGUCACCCCUCACCACAGUGAACCGUUAAAAUGGACUAAAUUACAAACGACCGGUAUACCUCCACCCGCUCGAGGUUAUCAUACGAGUAACCUCGUCAAGGAUAAAUUGGUCGUCUUUGGUGGUAGUGAUGGUCAUGAUUGCUUUGAAGACGUUCAUGUCUUGGACCUCAAAAAGGGACGUUGGAGUCAGAUCGAAUUGGACCGUAAAAUCCCUCGUUUAGCUCAUACCUCAACACAGGUAGGAUCUUAUGUGUUUGUGAUUGGCGGACAUGAUGGUAGACGCUAUUCUCAAGACGUGCUAUUAUUUAACCUCGUGACAAUGGGCUGGGAAGUACGUAAGGUAUAUGGAGCAGCACCUAACCCUAGAGGAUAUCAUACCACUGUCCUUUAUGAUUCUCGAUUGUAUGUCUUGGGUGGCUAUGACGGAAAGAAUGUCUUUGAUGAUGUUCACAUGCUUGAAUUAAGCGCUUGUGCUUAUCUUCCCCAAAUCACCAAUUUUGAAAUAGACGUUUAAAAAAUAAAUAAAAUAAUAUAUAUAUCACAGCGAAAAGGAAAAAAAGUGACGUAAAUUACUUGUCACCCUCUCUCAAAAAAAUAAGCCGACUAAAUGCCAAGACCCAUAUUUAUUCUAG